CGAAGGCUCACCGAAGCACGCUGCAUUCAGUCGUGCCAGUCGUGCGUUUACCGUCGUGCCGGAAGCGCGCGUGUUAGUCGUGUGUUGCGUGCGCCGUGUACAGACCAAAGUUGCAGGUGGGCAAAAGCAGCAGCAGCACCGUUACAGAUCUGCAACCGUUACGGCGUCCUUCCGGAAGGGGGCUGUUGCAUCCUAGUUCCGCGUGUUGCAACCGGUGGUCGUGGCUGUUAGUACGGCGCGCGCUGCAAGCCAUCGAUCGGCGACGUUUCCCGCGACACAGGGUCAGGUCGGUAGGGGUCCAAAAAUAGUUUGUUAGCGAAACGUAAACGCUCCCGGACCAACGGUUUCCCCGGCGACCUGUGGGUGCUGGGCCGAAUGCCUGAAGGCCGUACUCGUGGUGGAGCAGUGUGGCAAACGACAUUUUCGUACGCUGGUUGUUCGGGAAAAGCGGGAAAUAUUUUCCUAUCGAGCUGCAGGGGUCCACUUUUUCAGUCGAAACGCUUACUCCGAGAGCUUCGGCAUCGCAGGGGCAGUGUGCAUUCAGUUGCUCGCUGUCGAAGAUGAUGUGCAAGUGCAUUCAAAGUGGGCCAAGAUUGCAGUUUGAUAACGUGCCAGUAGUGAUUGGUGUAUGUGUGUGUGUGUGUGCUUGUGCUAAUGGUGCUGUGUGUUAGGCAAGAAGUUUUCCGAUGCAAUGUUCGCUGUGGCAUCGUUGCAUCUGUGCGGUUCGUCGUCUAAAAUAAGCAUACUUGUGUUCUAUUAGUAAAUUGUGUGUGUGUGUGUGUGUGUGUGUGUGUGCUUGAUGUAAAUGUGUGAUUGUAUCUCAAUGUGAUAAAGGAAGCUUUUGCGUGUUUAUGAAAAGUGUUUCAGUGAGGGUUCGAAUCCUACUUCUUCAACCUUGUGUGCGAGCCUCGAAUUUCGCACUCGGUGGAACUCUGAAUGUCUGUGAUAAAUCCUCUUUUAUUUCUACAUUCAUGUGUAAAUGUGUGUGUGUUUGUGUGAAGGAGAGCAUUGCUACAUCCGCGUAUGAAAAGCUUAUGCGCUACUGGUUCCCUUUUUUGUAACAAAUAUACACAAACUAACGCUCGUCUUUAAGGAGGGAGAACAAGUGGCAUUAAGGGAUCGUCUUCUAUCCUCCUGUUGAAUGUCUAGAUUAUCGAGUAAUUGAACGCGUGUGCUGCGCUACCUUUGCUACGAGUAAAUAGAGCGGGAGGAAAACCUUCCUGUCCCUACGCCCCAUAAAUCAACUCGCUGUACGUGACACGAACUAUAAAUAAAGUGUGCGAGUGUGUGUGCCCAAAAACGUAACGCCAAUCAAGGAACGGGUUUUCUUAUGAGCUUUUCCCUCCAACAACGCCAACAGAAAUUGAAUGUUGCUACUACUGCUGCUGCGGCUGCUGCCGCCGUCCGUUUGAUGACGGUUGAACCACAAACUCGUGUCGAGAAAGAAGUGAAACAAAAAAAAACUCUAAAAGAAAGGAUCCCUUUUCGAUUGACAAAUUGCAAAACCUAGAUCGUGUACCGUGUUCAAGGGAAAAAAGAGAGAGAGAAAGGAAAGUGAGCUCACGGGACUUACGGGAACCGUUUGAUAAUUUGCAUUUUUUGGACAUUGGAGGUGGAAGAAUUUUUCGGCAAAACUCUAUUCCACGGGGUUUUGGCUUUCACUGGUCCGAGCUUGUGUGUGUGUGUGAGAAAGAGUUUUUUCUUCAUCCGGUGAUUGCCAGUGAAGCGUGCACGAUCGGAUCGAAGGCGGAUUAUUCGAACAUUAUGGAUGCAAACCGGGCCGGGUGGAAAAUAUUAUCAGUGCCGUGAUUUAUCCCGGGUCGUGCGUGCCGGUCCCGUGCGGGAAAUUCUUCGAUCUAGAAAGGGGGACCAAGUUUUGGCACAACCCCAAUCCCACCCUCUUGCGGGUCUUGCGUUGCCAUAAUUGGAAAGGCCCGGCUGGCUCCAUGUGGAAAGGCGUUCGAGAUGGAAAGUGAAAAACGUGGAAGUGAUCGAUAGACGAAAGAAAAAAAUGAAAGAAAAGUGUAAAAUCGAAAGAGCCUAGAAUCUGGUCGAAUAUUCGAACGCCGUCAGUGAGUGGAUAGGAUUGCAAGCACCACACGCCAAACACUUCAGAAAGAGUCCAGGUGCAAAGGAGCAAUCACGAACGCUACCCUGUUUCCCCCCUCUCUAGUAAAUCCUGCUUGAAAGGUGUGAAGAAGCGAACCGUGUCCCAGGAAGAAAAAUAAAAGCGAAGAGUGAAAGGAUUCGCAAAUUUAACCUUUUUGCACCACGUAAAGCCACGUUCAUUUUUAGCACACACUCACACGUGGACACGUGAGCAAACGUAUCUUCGCAAACGGCGGGCCCGCUCGUGGCUGGAAGGAAGCUGGCCUCGGCGCAGAUGGAUUACCGGGCUGCCGGUGUAGCGACGCACCGACCCGGACAUGGAUUGUUGCUAGCGGACUGAAAUUAUGUUCGACUACCAGGGGAUCAGUUGACACUGUUUGAGCAACUUACG